AUGGGUUUAAGUAACUGGGUCCAUAACACCAAUGUGCGGGUUGCCCGCAGUCCCGUGGGGAAAUGGUUUCGUCUGGAGGGCUCCGGCCAUCCUCUCGAGAGGAAGGGUAGCUACUUCUUUACUGAAAUCCGCGCCGGUCUCGCCACCUUCUUCGCCAUGGCAUACAUCAUCUCCGUCAACAGCACCAUCACAUCUGCGACCGGUGGAACUUGCGUCUGCCCCGCGGAAGACAUGGGAGAUUUCUGUGCAACUAAUGUCGAGUAUGCCCUCUGCACGCAAGAAGUCAAGCGUGAUCUCGUCACCGCCACCGCCGCCAUCGCCGCCCUCUCGACUUUCUGCAUGGGUCUCUUCGCCAACCUUCCUAUCGCGCUCGCACCUGGAAUGGGAUUGAAUGCUUACUUUGCCUACACUGUUGUUGGAGUCCGUGGUACCGGCAUGGUCUCGUACUCGACUGCUCUCACGGCUGUCUUCGUCGAAGGAUGGGUAUUCCUGGGCUUGACAUUGAUCGGUAUGCGACAGUGGCUGGCGCGUGCGCUUCCAAAGUCUAUCAAGCUUGCAACUGGUGUCGGUAUCGGUCUUUACCUCGCAUUGAUCGGUUUGACAUACAGUGCCGGUAUUGGAUUGAUUCAGGGUGCCUCCGACACCCCCAUUGAGCUAGCUGGAUGUAUCGAGAGCGAGUUCGACAAAGUAACGGGUCUGUGUCACAGCUACGCUAAGAUGCGCAGUCCGACCAUGUGGAUUGGUAUCUUCUGUGGUGGUAUUCUGACAGUUUUGCUUAUGAUGUACCGCAUCAAGGGUGCGAUCAUCAUCGGCAUUUUGUUGGUUUCUAUCAUCUCUUGGCCUCGCACUACCCCUGUCACUUACUUCCCCUACACCGACCUUGGAACUAGCCAGUUUGAUUUCUUCAAGCAGGUGGUUACUUUCCAUCCAAUCAAGCAUACCCUGAGCGCUCAGGAUUGGAGCUUGUCUGGCAAGGGCGGCCAGUUUGGGCUGGCUUUCAUUACAUUCUUGUAUGUCGAUAUUCUGGAUACCACCGGCACAAUGUACUCUAUGGCCCGAUUUGCCGGCGCAAUCAACGAGGAGACCCAGGACUUCGAGGGCAGCGCCAUCGCCUACAUGGUUGACGCAAUUUCCAUCUCGAUCGGAUCCCUCCUCGGCAGUCCUCCUGUCACAGCAUUUGUUGAGUCCGGUGCCGGUAUUUCCGAGGGUGGUAAAACUGGACUGACAUCAUGCGUCACCGGCAUUGCAUUCUUCAUCGCUGUAUUCUUCGCUCCGAUUUUCGCUUCCAUCCCACCUUGGGCCACGGGUUGUACACUCGUGAUUGUCGGUGCGAUGAUGGCCCAGGCUGCUGCCGAUAUCAACUGGCGGUACUACGGUGAUGCGAUCCCCGCAUUCCUUACUAUCGCCAUCAUGCCCUUCACAUACAGUAUUGCUUACGGUCUGAUCGCUGGUAUCACCAGCUACAUCACUCUCAACGGCUUUGCCUGGUGCCUCGAGAAGAUCUCCGGUGGUCGCAUCGUCCCUCCUAACAAGGAUGAGUCUGAUCCUUGGUCUUGGAAGGUCAAGGGCGGUCUCCUCCCACCUUGGGUUAAGCGUGCUGCCCGCGGAAAGAAGGACUUCUGGAAAGCCGAUGAGGAGUAUGCGGAGCCGCGAGUUGCCUCCGGUGAGGCUGUGUCUUCGUCUUCCUCGUCAGUGGAACGGGUGCCUCUUGAGAAAUCUCGUGAGCCUACCGCUGCGGCAAUGAAGUCGGAGUAA